CAAAUUGUGAACAUGGAAGGAACGGUUGUCCUCAUUCAAGAAUAUCUACACAGAUAGAUUAUAGAUAGAGAGAAGGAACUAAGAACAGCAGCAGCAGCUCAACAAUGGCGUCGCUGAUCAACAAACCGUUCGUCUCUCACUACAAUCUCAACUCCAAGCUUUCCGCCAAUACUCGUUUUCCGAUUCGCUGCCGUGUUGGAUUCAUCUCACAAACUGUGAAGAAAUCAAGGUCAAUCUCUUCUUCUCUUGUCUGCAAAGCCGUGUCGUUACAGUCUCAGCCUGAAACUGAAGUCCUUAACAUUGCCGAAAAUGUUACUGAGCUUAUUGGAAACACGCCGAUGGUUUUUCUAAAUAAUAUUACGAAAGGAUCUGUUGCGAAUAUAGCUGCGAAGCUUGAGAUAAUGGAGCCUUGUUGUAGUGUUAAGGACAGGAUAGGAUACAGUAUGAUUACUGAUGCUGAGGAGAAGGGGCUUAUAACACCAGGAAAGAGUGUUCUUGUGGAACCUACAAGUGGAAACACAGGCAUUGGUCUUGCAUUUAUCGCUGCCUCAAAGGGAUAUAAGCUCAUCCUAACAAUGCCUGCUUCAAUGAGUCUGGAGAGACGGGUACUUCUGAAAGCAUUUGGAGCGGAGCUUGUGUUAACUGAUUCUGCAAAAGGCAUGAAGGGAGCAAUUCAGAAAGCUGAAGAAAUUUUUAGCAAGACUCCUAACGCUUACAUCCUUCAACAAUUUGACAAUCCUGCAAACCCUAAGAUCCAUUACGAGACAACUGGUCCAGAGAUCUGGGAAGAUACUAGUGGAAAGGUGGAUAUUUUGGUUGCAGGAAUUGGUACAGGUGGAACAAUAUCUGGAGCUGGUAGUUUCCUUAAAGAGCAGAAUCCUAACAUAAAAGUUAUAGGCGUGGAACCCACAGAAAGCAACAUACUCUCUGGUGGUAAGCCUGGUCCUCACAAAAUUCAAGGAAUUGGAGCUGGUUUCAUACCCAAGAAUUUGGACCAAGAUAUUGUUGAUGAAGUCAUAGAGAUAUCCAGUGAAGAAGCUAUUGAAACAGCGAAGCAGGUCGCCCUCCAAGAAGGCUUAUUGGUUGGUAUAUCCUCUGGAGCCGCAGCAGCUGCUGCUAUCAAAGUUGGCAAGAGACCCGAGAAUGCUGGAAAACUCAUUGCGGUUGUUUUUCCGAGCUUUGGCGAACGUUACCUCUCCACCAUCCUUUUCCAAUCAAUUAGAGAAGAGUGCGAGAAUUUACAAGUGGUUCCUUGAAAACAAUGUUCCAAUUCUAUUUCCAUAACUGCAAUUGUUGGAUGGAUGAGUUGUUGUUUGAUCAUUUUAGGCCUUGUUUCCUUGUUGAUCACAAUAUUUGUUUUUCAGUAGCCAAACAUUUGUCAAUUAGGAUUAUCUUAGACAUAAAUUACUCCUUUUUUCCUGGUCACCUCUUUCGCUAUUGGCGAUUCAUGGUUGAUUCCUUUGGGAUCGUCGUUUAUUUAUCAUUCUUAGAAAUAAUUCAAUGAUUUCUAUAUAUGUUUUUGCUACUA